AUGUCUACAGAUUUGAGUCUUGACGACAUCUCCAUUUUAAAGAAAGAUAACGUAAAAAUCCGUGACUUUGACAAUGUUAUUAAUAAGAUUAAAAAAAUCCGAGCGGAUGGGCCAAACAAACUACAAAUCGUUACAGAUUUUGACAGAACAAUUACAAAACAGCAUGUUAAUGGUAGACAAGUUUUGACAGAAGAACAACGAUUGUACCACAAGUACCGUCCAAUUGAACUGGAUCAUGACUUAGAUAUACUUAAAAAAAUAGAAGCAAUGGAGUCGUGGAUGAAAGAAACUGACGAAAUCCUCAGAGGGGUUGAUUUUGACACCUAUGAGAUUGAAGAAGUGGUGAAAGUCCAUGGUACUGACGUCAGAGAUCGAACGAAAGAAUUAAUUGACAGAUUGAACGCUGCUGCUGUACCAGUGCUUGUUUUCAGUGCUGGUCUUGGUGAUGUAGUUGAAGCUAUUUUAAAGCACCAUGACGUCUUCCUAGAUAAUGUUAAAGUUAUCUCCAAUUUUUUGAGCUACAAAGAUGGCAAAAUAAAUGGGUUUAAAAAUGAUAAGUUAAUUCAUGUGUUCAACAAAAAUGAGCAUGUCAUUGAUAAAGAUUACUAUAAUACUCUAAAAUCAAGGAGUAACGUGGUACUAAUGGGAGACAUGACUGGCGAUGCGACGAUGGCUGAUGGUUCA